AUUCAGCCGAGGAAUUGGUGAGUAUUGGUGUCGUGUGUGAGUGAUUGGAUCCCCAGAGCAAGGAGUAGUACGAGUCUCAAGAAAAAUCUGCUUGAUUGUGUUGGAGUCCCUCUGUGGGUGUUGUGGUGUCAAGUAUCGGUGUUUCUUGAUUAGUAUGUAGCGACGGCUCGGUGGUUCAAGGUGGGACGGCGACGAGGUGGAGGUGUUGCAGGGCAGGAAGAAGGGAUAUAUUGCGCGGAGAAUUCGAAGAAAAGACAGCACAAGACUUGUGCGCUCGGACGGUAGCGGUUUAGUGGUGUGUUGUAUUCUGUUUGCCGAAGAAUUUCGGACGAAAAUCGAAAAAGGUGAUUGAUCUGAGGCAGGGGCUGUUGUGAGGGGUGAACAGGUGAGGAGGGAUUAAAAUUCGGAGGGCGGAAGAAAGUCAGUCACAACGGGGGGCGGCGGAGGAGCAACGAUGGGUGUCGUCGAUGAUAGCAUGUUGACUCACAAAGUGAGGCAACCCCUGCUCUCGAACCAUAGCUCCGGCGGUGGAAAGAAGAAAGGGACUAAGGGACAUACCGGUUCUCCUGAUUUCGCCGUCGCCUGCACCUUGCUCGUGGCUCUCGGCCCCAUUUCCUUCGGUUUCUCGCUUGGCUACUCCUCUCCAACGCAACAAGAAAUCAUCAAUACCCUGAAUCUCACAAUUUCUCAGUUCUCAAUGUUCGGCUCUCUAGUGAACUUGGGGGCCAUGGUCGGUGCGAUUGUAAGUGGAAAGAUUGCUGAUUACGUGGGACGCAAAGGGGCCUUGGUUGUUGCAUCCGUGCCGCAUCUGGCCGGUUGGAUUAUCACUGUUUUCUGCGAGGAUGUCACUUCUUUGUACGUCGGAAGAGUACUAGUUGGCUUUGGAGUCGGAAUUAUUUCCUUUGCGGUUCCAAUCUACAUCGCUGAAAUCGCUCCUCGCCAACUGAGAGGAUUUCUUGGAACAUUUAACCAGCUUGCCGUAACAAUCGGUAUUAUGCUGGCGUACCUUGGUGGGCUCUUUUUGCAAUGGCGCCUACUUGCGGCUACAGGAAUUAUUCCUUGCUCAUUGUUGCUACUGGGUCUCUUCUUCAUCCCUGAGUCUCCUCGCUGGCUGGCUAAAGCGGGUGGGCAUGACGAGGAGUUGGUUAUGGCCCUGCAAGCCCUCCGUGGUAAGGAUGCUGAUAUUACCACUGAGAUGAAUGAAAUUAAGCAUGGUGUUGAGGAAUCGAUGAUGCAGCCUGAAGCUAGUCUCGGAGAUUUGUGCGACCGGAAAUUAUUCCGACCUCUUCUGAUUGCGGUGGGUCUUCAAGUUCUUCAACAGUUUGGAGGAAUCAAUGCUAUCAUGUUCUACGCCGGUGCCAUCUUCAAGUCUGCAGGUUUUGCGAACGCGAACAUUGCAUCCUUCGGCCUUGGAUCUAUUCAGGUCUUCAUGACAGCUGUUGCAGCCAGUCUUAUGGACAAGGCCGGAAGACGCCUCCUUCUCAUGGUUUCUGCCGGUGGAAUGGCUGUUAGUUGCUUCCUCGUCGGUUUCUCCUUCUACUUGCAGGAACAACUCACCCACCCAUCCCACAUGGAUACCUUCGUGAGCAUGUUGGCUCUCAUCAGUCUCCUGGUAUACAUCAUUUCGUUCUCUCUUGGAAUGGGAGCCAUCCCCUGGAUUUUGAUGUCGGAGGUCUUCCCCAGUCACGUCAGAGGUCUCGCCGGUAGCUUGGCUACUUUGGCAAACUGGUCCUGUGCAUGGGCCGUAACAAUGACAUUCAAUCUUAUGCUAGAAUGGAGCGCAUCUGGUUCUUUCUGGGUCUUCGCUGCGGAAUGUGCUUUAACUGUGGUGUUCGUGGUGGCCAUUGUUCCCGAAACUCGGGGACGAACAUUGGAGGAGAUCGAAGCUUUUUUCAAGUAAUGGAUCUAUAGUAGGAGUGGUUUAAUGUAGGUGCUGGUGUACCCUGGUAUAUGUACUCACUGGCUUCGUGGGUCUCGGUGUAGAUCUAGACAGACUUUCGAGAUUUUGGUUAUUUCUAGCAUUUAAUCAUGCAGUAGAAAUCAAGUGUAUCAAAAUGCUCCAUUCACACUUGUUGAAUCCCAAGGCUCUACUUUUCAAACGUGGCAGUAGGGCUUUUUCCCACAUUUUUUAAACAAUCUGGGAAUUCGAGGAUCGGCAACUCUUUCUUGUUAGUCAUACUUCCGCAUGCACAUUCGCAUGCAACUAGCCUGCCCAGCUCCCUCGGGAGCCCCUUCUGUACAUAAGCACCAGGGAAAAUGCCACCCGAGGCUGCUUAAAGUCUCGGGGCUGCGCACUGUACUAUUUUGUAAUGUAUGCCCGAUGGCAAAGAGUUAUGAUAUACAUGAAUUUGAAUUAACCCAAAAAAAUAUUAUUUUUUUUGUCUCCGCGCUGUUC